GCCCCCAUCGUACUCGCACUCCAAUUCAGCUUCCGACUGUGAACCAAACCCUCCCUAUGUAUUUCGGUAAUUGUCCCUCCCCUUUUUUCUCGUGAAAAUCUCGUCCAAGUCCAACGACGGUGAGGGUGAUUCCGGAAGGGCAACGCGAGCUCUUCCGUCGACGCCAUGACCUCUCCCCUGCGUUCUCCUGACCCAGAAGGGCAACAGCAAGAUCCCCAAAUCCAGAACCCUAAUGCGAUUGAAGAAAUAGAUCGAAAACCAGAAGAACCGCAGCAAUCACUUCCUCGACCUCCUAAAACCCUAAUCGUAGAAACCCCAGAUCUCCCGAACUCUGAGGCCUCUCCCAUUGCUGAUCAUUUGGACCUCGAGCAAUCCCAUGAUCAUCAAGAGCAGCUGGAGCCACGAGCCUCUAAGGACGAUGAUCAAGAACAAGCCAACCCAGAAGGUAUGCCUCUGUCUCCGUCUCAAACACGCACUUUUCAUGGCAUGUCCUCUGAAAACCCUCCGUCCACGGCCAAUCGUCGAGGGCACAAACGAAGGAAGCCCAUGACAGGCAUGAAACGGCAAGCUUUCGAGAAGAAACUCAAAACCCUUCACCAAAAUUUCAAACCCGUAAUUUUCGUACCCGUCAAAACCCUCGAUUUUUCAAAGCACGAGAAUCUCUUGAAGCGACUAGGGUUAUGGGAUUUUGUUCGUUUGGAGUUUGAUCGGAACAUUCGGGCCGAUCUCAUAGCUCAGCUCGUUGUCAAUUUUGUUCCUGCUUCGCGGAGUAGCUAUGUGAAUGAGCUGCGGUUAAAUGUCAGCCGAGCGGCACUGGCUCGCGCAUUGAAGUUACCAGUGAAGAAGGAUAAGGGUAACGUGCCAGAGGCUGUGGAUUGUGAUGCUGAGGUGUUGUCAGGAGAUUCCUUAACUUUUAUUGAGGAUUUUGUGUCAAAUUGGGUGCUUUUGCACGAGGAUACGUGGAUGAUGCCAAAGGACGUUUUGUCUCCGACGAGAUUGAUUAAAGAGGGGCAUCCCGAGAAGGUGGAUUGGGCGGGAUUAAUAUGGUUCAUGGUGGAGAAGGAAUUGUCGCAGGGACAGAAGCUAGGGCAUUGUUAUUAUGCGUCACAUUUGCAGUGUUUGAUAAAGUCUCAGAGAGAGUGUGUAUUUGCAGAAGAGCCUGGGAUGGAGGUUGAUUUGAAGGACGAGGGGGAUGGUGGGAAGGUGGAAAUUGAUAUAAAAGAGGAGGAGGAAGAGGAGGAGGAGGAGGAGGGGGAUGGUGGUAAAGUGGAAAUUGAUAUAAAGGAGGAGGAGGGGGAUGGUGGUAAAGUGGAAAUUGAUAUAAAGGAGGAGGAGGGGGAUGGUGUUAAAGUGGAAAUUGAUAUAAAGGAGGAGGAGGAUGAUGUGGAUGCUGGUAAGGUGGAAAUUGGUACCAAGGACAGGGAGGAGGAGAAGGGGGAUGAUGGAAAUACAGAAGUUGAUGCAAAGGAGGAGCAGAAUGAGGAGGGGGAUGGUGAUAAGGUGGAUGUUGAUUUAAAGGAGCAAGUGGAGGAUGGAGAUGAUGUGAAGAUGGCUAAUUUGGAUGGCUUUGAGGGACAAAGUCUUGAAUUGACUCUUGGGCAAGAAAAGGUUGAAAAAGAAGAGGAUAGGGAUGAUGUUGUCAUGGAUUUUGAGGAGCCGAAGGAGGAAGAAACAGCUCAGUGGUUUUUGGACGGGAAGAAUAGUUGUGGUGAGCAGUUCUUGCAGCGAUGUAAUGUUGGUGAAGUUGGGAAUUUAGAUUGUGAUGUUGAAAGAAAAGAAGAAGAAGAAGAAGAAGAAGAAGAAGAAGAAGAAGAAGAGAUGUUGGAAGAAGAAGAGGAAGAUGAAGGGGUGCAAGAAGGAGGGUUUAACCUUAUGUCAUCUGCAAAUCAUAUUCAGACAAUGGAGGUGGGACAGAUGGCUUUUAAUUCAGCAGGGCAACUAAAUGAUCAUUCAUCCAGGGAGCUUCUCUCCACCAGGCCUAGCACACACACAAUGCCAGCUGGUCCAUCCAUUUUCAGUAAUUCUAGCAGGAGAGAUAUUGACAAUGAGAAUGAUAUCUCCCUUCAUACACUCAAUGGUAGCCACAAGAGAUUAAGAUCUGAUAGCCCAUGGGACAAUAAGCCUCUCGAUUUUUACACAUGCAUGGACCAGAUACAGCAUUGGAUGGGAAAAGCUAGGAUGAUGUAUGAGGCGAAAGAUGAAUGUUUUGCUGAAGGGAAUGUGAAUCAGCAGAUCUUAGUCAGUGAGCUGCAACAACGGGAUAGUAUGAUUGAGCACUUGCAUAAGACCAAGUUGGAAGAGCUGCAAAAAAAACAAGUGGAGAUAUAUAGGCUUGAACGUGAACUUUACGUAAUGGGAAAUCUCUUGGAGGGGUAUAGAAAGGCUUUAAAUGAAACGCGCAGCUCAUUUGCUGAAUACAGACGGCGCUGUCAACAGCUUGAUGAGCCACUUUACAAGGAUGUUGGUGGGAAUGGGGGUCUUGUUCUAAGCACCAUGGAAAUAGAAAAGCAACGCCUGAAACGUGAAGAAGAAGAAAUGAUGACUCAUUUGAUGAUUGAAAAAAAGAUUAGUGACUUUGAAGCAGUGUGCAAGAGCAAAUUAGAAGCACAUCUUAACAAAGUGGUCAUGAUGGAUGGCAAGAUAGUGGAGUUUGAGAAACAUGUGACUGUUCUUAAGGAAUUUUUUACUAGACACAAGGUUUCAGAUCCACCAGUAUGUGCUCCAGAGGAAUGACAACUGAUGCUGGUAACGAAGUCUCCCAUUUUGAUUUGUUGAUUGAACUUUAGGUGAAGAUUACAGUAAGUAUGUCUCAGGAGGUGCAUGUGAUUUUUUUCUUGUAGUUAUAUAUAUGUUUUACUUGGUUUGAAUAUAUUUUUGUUGCUGGCAUUUUGUGAGAUGGCAAAAACUUGUUUCUCAUUGCACAAUUUGUUACUGUAGUGGACAUGAUAUUUUAUGGUAUUUUUCUUUCCCCUC